AUGAGCGACGACAUCCUGGACAACAUGUCCCUCUCGGACGACGAGAUGCUGGACAGCUUGGCGGACGACAUGCUCAUGGAGAUGGCGGAGGAGGAGCAGCAGCAGACGGUCGUGCAGCAAGCGGCGGCCUCCGCCGUGCCGCCGUCGUGGGCCCGCGGCGCCGUGGCGACCCCCAGCGCCGCGCCUGCUGCGCCCAACAUGCCCGACCUGGGCCAAAUGAUGUCCCAGAUGAUGCCCAUGAUGUCCCAAAUGUUCGGCGGCAACGGCGGGGCCAACCCCAUGUUCGGAUGCGGCGCCAACUCGCUGCAGCAGGCCCCAGUGUCGUGGCAGGAGCUCGUGAAGCGCCACGUGCCCGCCGCCGAGCAGCAAGACUGGCUCAGGACCAUCGACAAGGAUGCCACCAAGCUGCGCGUGGCCAGCGCGGCCAAGGUGCUGACCAAGCCGCACAGUCGCUCCUAUCGCACGAAGCCGUCAGCCAUGCCGAACGUGUACAUGGAGGUGGGCACGAUGCUGGCCAACAUGCUCAACGAGGCCGUGCGCUCGUCGCAGCUGGAGCACAACCGCCAGUGGCAGGAGCUGCGCGACGGCCUGGUGUCGCAGCUGGCGCAGACCGGCAUGACCAAGGUCUACGAGAACAAAUUCAAGGCCAUGCUGCGGCAGCGCGUCGCCAACGACCCGGACUACCUGGCGGAGAAGGACAGCGAGCGCUAUCGCAAUAUCACGGAGGCGCUCGCGGUGUAG